GGCAGAGCUAAUUGACAGGAGACUCAGCCAAUUAGCGAACGGUUCGCUGAGGCGUUCUAACCAAUCAGCGAGCAUAUGCCAAAAAUAACACCUCCUCUUGUUCAGCACCCAAAGUCGAAGGAUAGCUCUGGCCUUUGAAUUGAAGAAAGUGCUAGAUUUGUCACCGUUGUAUAAUAUAACCAAUUCUCAGUGUCCAUAUUUGUUUAGGAACGGUCGGAAUUGUCUUCAGCUAAUGUGAGAGACAGAACUUGGCGUCAAACAUGCGUAAAAAUCAACGCUGUCCAAGCAGGGAACCACCGAGAAAGGAAUUAUCGCCGUUCUUCUGAGGCCAGUUGCGAUUAUUUUUGUCAAAUAAGGAAACAUAACACAGCUAGCAGGCUAACGUUAGCCCCGUAGAUAGCUAGACUACCGACAUAUCUUCACACGAAAGCAGAAUCCAGCAGGUGAUCAAGAUUGGAUCUACGUUCGCAGCGGCAGGAAAACGUAAGUAACACGCUAAUAUGAGCUUGACAAGCGCGGCUAACUGUUAACGCUCGUCAGCUAGCUAACGUUAGCUCACAUUAACACGGUAGCAAAGAAGGCCGUAACGUAGGGGGGGGACUAGCGUUAAGGAGAAUGGAGUUCAGCAUGUGGUCAGGGGAUUGGUAUUCAACACAGAAUACAGUCUGUUGGUUCAUGCAACAUUAAUUAUGUUAGAGUACAAACACAUAAAAAGACCCGGGGUCAUAAUGAGAAGUGUGAAAGUAACGAAGCUACCGUUCAUGUUCGGUUAAUCGACAACACAAUAACGCCAGUUUAAAUGACACUGAUGUUAAACGCUGGCCCCUCCAGGUCUUAUGCUGAAGCUAAUCCAGCAAUGUAUGGGCUCCCCAUCCAGCUAAUGACAGCUUAGUCGACUUUGUCAUAUGGGUAUCAAUGGUCAGCUAUGCACCGAGCUGCCAUAACAGCUCUGCCUCAAAAUCCACUUUCAGGAAGCUCCUACAUAAUCAGUUUUUGUAACAUUAUCUGAUGGGUGGAUAUUGUACUUUAUAUGUGUUAUUAAAGACAUAGCAGAUAAUGAACUGUAGUACUUUGACAUGUCUUCUUUAUACUCUGUCCACUUUAUAAAAAAAACUAUAAGAGAUACCUUACAAUUUAGUGCAACCAGUCACAAAGUUGUAACAAAUAUCAGCUGUUACCUGUCUGACUUUGUCAACAUAACUUGAAAAUUUAGAACCCAAAGUAUAUUAACCUUUAAGGUCCUUACACACUGGGAACGACGCAAAUAUACGACGUGAAAUUACGAAAUAUUCAGAGGUGAAUUUUGAUGCGCCUGACGAUACACCAGUGUUGUUUUCAUUGACGCCCCUUUUUUUCCACGAUGAUGAUGUAACGUUGAUGAGCUACACAUAAUUCUUAGAUGACUAAAAUGUGAUGAUAUGAAUGUGCAUUUACGUUGACGAGACUAGACAAAAACGUUGGUGGUGGAUGACGAACAGAGUUGCAAAAUUCAUGAGCAUUUCAUCAGUCAAAUGUUAAACAUGUAUUCUGCAAUGUUUUUGUUGACGAGGACGUUGACGAAAUAUUUUCAUCGUCAUUGUCAAUGAAAACAACACUGUUAUACACAUCGCAAUGCGAUUUUGCGACUUUCCAGAGGGAAAAGUGAGAAGACUGACACAACAGUAGACUGACUGUUUUUCAGUUCUGAUUAGACACUAGUGUUGAGAUGGCUGUCUGUCAUGAUAGCAUGUACUGAGUCGGGGCCAGUACCAGAUAAGAACAUUAAACUAUAAUCCAUAAACGUAAGGUAACAACCGAGACCUAAUGGUGCUGUGACAGCAACACGAUUGAGUUUGAGACAGUGAAAAUACAUAUGGUAUGUUGUAUCUGAACAGGUUAGCUUACGAGCUAAAGUUACUUAGCACAGAUGGAAGUUAAAACAAAGACGUUUAGCAAACUGUGAAAGCACACAAACCAUCGUCAUAUGAGAAAUCGGACACUAUGACUCUCCACAAGUUGUCCUUCAGGUCGUUAUCUUUGUAAUGUUUGUGUUUUUUAUCAAAAGUACUCUGUUCUCCGACACUUAAACAAUCAGCCGGUCAGCCAUGUUGGAUAUACCGGUAAAUCUGACGUCACAACAACAUGAAAUCUGAUUGGUCAGAAGUGGACACACAGAAUGCGAAACUUUAGAAAAUUCGACUGUGAUACGAAAAAAUAAAUGCCGCAAUAUCACAGAACGGGAAAACGUCACUAAUGUGAACGCUUGUAUUGACAGGAUACGGGUUUGAAAAAAAAUAAUCGCACGAAAAAAACGCUCCCGGUGUUUAAGGACCUUAAAUACUCCCAGCUAUAUUUUGCUGUUUUUGGUCUGACUGUUUUUUUUCCCCAUGACAACCUCAGCUGUCAUUUUAUGGGUGCAAAAAUUAUGUAAAAUGAAUGUGACAGUAGAUUUAGAACCAUCAAAGUCAACCAAAAAACAAAAAUGGAAAUCGAUACCAACAGUACUUUGCCCAAAAAAACACAUAAAUCUACAGUGACCAAGCCUUUUCUCACCUGCACAUCACUUUCUCAAGUCUUGGCUAUCAGGAGAAGAAAUUUUGGGAUUGGAACAAACACGCAACAGAAACAAUUUACAUAUUUACACAAAUUCUUCCAGGCGUUUUUGCUAUUUACAGUUGUUUUUGCCACUCCUUGAAGCCCAUCAUACUUUUCGCUUGUUUCCAAGCACUGAGGACCAUUAUUUCUUAUUUUGCAGACAAGCAGGGAAAUUUCUUGUCUCUUGUUCAUCUUUGGUUGCCUCUUAUUGGACAAUACCGUCAAGGGAGAAGAAGAAUAUGAGACCAUGUCGUAAUCAAAAUAGCUUGUCAAACCUGGAAAACAUUAGCAGCUUUUAGCGAUAGCGAUCUUUUUUAUCACAACAAUAUGAUAAAUAAUCACGUUUUACAGUAUACCACUGCUGAUUUACCAUCAAAUGUCUUUGAUCAAACACCUAUUUUUGUGGCUGGAUUGUAAACCUUGUGGCAGGUGUAGAAAUGCCUGGAAACUCUCAAUAGAUCGCCGAAAGGGUACAUUUUUGAACACUUUUCAUCCCAUAGAGAUACACGGUACAGUUCCAGAGAAACUGUAAACACUAUUAUUGGUGUCACGUGGAAUCACCGGCCAUCCAUCGGAUUUCUAAGUGUUAAAUCAUGGCAGGGCCGUUGUAUUAGUGUUGGAUUGUUCGGGUGACUAGUCAGUGUUUGAUAUCACUUUGGAAGGUAUUUUUAAGGUUUCAGUGAAAUAACAUGGAGAUGAUAUAAGUCCUAGUUUGAAUAUGAUCUUGACUGAACUGUUUGGUCAGGUGUGGAAAAUACAGACUCAGAGGAAAUACAAUUUAUGCAGAAAACAACCCAGAGACUUGCCUUAAACUUUGACAGAAGUGCCCAUAAGCACGUAAGUUCAUGUUGGUGAUCAGUAAAAGAGAGGGCAAACAUUUCUCUGCUGGGGUUUCUCUUUGCUUUGGGCUUUUAAAAAAUGUAUUCUGUUUGGAUUUUGAUAUCAUGUUCGCAUUUGUAGACCUCAGGAAAAGUAGCUGCUGAAUGAAUAUAAAAUGGAUAGUUAAUAAGUUAAGCAGUGAAAAUCACGCCCAAAAUUAUAGGUCAUCCAAAACAUCCAACAGAAAUGGACUGUGCCAAUCAUACAGCGAAUCUAGCUUCAUCCUGCUUCUAUAUAUUGUCCCUUAAAAGCGGUGAAUACACACACGGUUUAAUCAAAGUGGACAAGACUCAUCGUUGUUUUUGAUCCAUCUGCCUCCUCACUGUCCACUCACUAUCCUCCACUGCUCAGUAUUGAUUGGAGGUAUAUGAUAUACGCUGAUAGAGUGAUAUCAGUUUCUAACAUUGGCUGCAUAAAACAUGGACAUUGUCUCAUGAUACCCGCCACCGGUUUCUGAAGUGGAGUUUAAAAGCCCAUCAACAGCAGUCUCUCUCUUGGAUAUGCUGACUCGGCCUAACUUUUGGUCAACCUAGCAAGAGGCAAAGAGGCGGAGCUGUGGGCUUUAAGUCUCCUCACUUACAGCUAAAGGGUUGCUUCUUGUCAGUCAUGCCAACUGCGCCCCUGAGUAUGCCUUAUUGUGCAGACUUUCAAUAUUGAAAUGAGUGGAUUGAAAAGACAAAGCAGCCCCCAGUAGAGUUUAUAGGACUGGUUACAUUAUGCUCUAAACAUGUGCUUUUUAACAUGGGUGUUAAGAUAAACUUCUUUAAGUGGACACUUGAUCUACUGUUUGAAUUGUUUCUAACUGUAUGCUACAGUAAGAGCACGAAUCACAGAGUAACUCUCCCAAUGCGCGGCCAGUGAUGAUAUUAAUAACAUGUUGAUUCUAGGGCCCGACCGAUAUGGAUUUUUUGGGGCCAAUGCCGAUACAGAUUAUUAGGGGGGAAAGAAAUCCGUCAACCGAUUAAUCAGAUGAUUUAAAAAUUUUUUUUAUGAAGUUAAAAGAAAUAUAUAUAUAUAUAUAUAUAUAUAUAUAUAUAUAUAUAUAUAUAUAUAUAUAGUGAAGAUAUUUACAGUAUACUACAAACUGUAGCCAAAUCGGUCGGGCCCUUGUUGAUUCAGUAAUACUGGAUUUGCAAUAGAUCCAUAUAUUGACAUAUCAUCUUAUUCGACUUUACUGAAGAACAGAAAGUGCCCUCAUGAGGUAAAAUGUACCAUAAGUGUCAUUAGUGCCACCAUAAAACGUUAUAUUGGCUAAAGUGGAAAGAAAAUCUUUCUGAAUAUGUGUUUGAAAUUAAAGUAUUGAUAUUUGACAUCAGUAGUAUGAUAAUUGUAUUGCAUAAGCCAGAAAGAUAAAUUUUAGUUCUGUUGAUAAAGUUAAUUCUUCCUUCAAUCAGCUACUUUUGAGGCGUUUUCCCCUCUUAUCUAAAUUUAACACAUUCUAGGCUGUGGGCUGUAUUGAGGGUGGCAGGUGUACGGGCACAUGGAAGCAGUUCAGGAUGUACAAAGUUAACUCUGACUGAAAACACAAGCUUUGAUGUUCACUCCCAACUUAUCUAUAGAUAUGGCGCUAAAUGGACGUACAGAGAGGCAUAUAAACAACUAUAAAUGAAAGGCUCGGUCAUAAAGAUAUCCUAAAUUAUAAUAUUUCUUAAACCACUCACUAACUCUUCUUAUUGUCAAGCAGAAUGUUAGACCUUGCACUCUGUCCUCUAUGUAGAUAUGUAAGAGCUCACUUUUUGAUUGUCUCUGUUAUGAUCCGUUCACUAAAUCAGUCUCAACAGAUAUGAGAAUAGCAGUCUUCCCACUAAAAAGACGUUUCUUUGCUGGUCGACUCAGCCUUCCUGAGACUGCCAACAAGUCCGGUUCUUCUCCGACUCUCUUCAACGAUUACCAGGCCCUUAAGAUUUGAAAGUGAAGCUCUUGUCUUAAGUUUUGAAGAAGGACAAUUUUUUCUAUCUGUCUUUAUUACCCCCAGUUUGGGACUUUCUUUAUGAUCUUUGAUAACCGAGGUGCUCUUAAGCUCUGAAGGGGUGGACUUAUUUGCAGAGAUUUGUCAUCCAAGCUCCGGCUUUAAUAUGAACUCACAUUUCAUCAUAAAAGUUGCAGGAGUUGAAAAUGAGCCCGUCAGCCACCCUCCUCACCGUCUCAAGCGUAUCAGGUAGGGAUAAGGUGCAUAGGUGACCAGUAUAUGACAUCACUUGGCGUUGAGAUUGUGCAGCGACGCCAGAUAGAAAAGAAGUUCAGCGGCUGAUAAUCUCAUCUGAGUCAGCAGUCGACUGAGGAGCAGAUGAAACACAGUGUCAGUGAGAGAUUGAGAUAAUCAUCGAGCUUCUUUCUUCAGGCUCUUCUGGUCCUGUUGACAUCAUAAUGUGCUUUGGAAAAAUGAAUACCUCUAAAGUAGCUGCAUUGAUCCUCCAUAAUAGUCAGGGAAAUCUCUGUGAUGAGCUUAGCGUUGUCUCCUUUUCCUGUGGAGUAAAUCAGUUUGAGUGUAGCUCUCUGGAUUUCUAUGACAUCUUUCACUCGGUACAGAAAGUACAUAUCAUGAGAAUCAAGGAAACCAUGCUACAUUUACCAUUUGGCCGUGCAGAUAUGUUUUUUUCCAUGUGCUGAUUUCAUUGAUAAGAUGUUCCUGGAGAAAAAAAGUGCUCUCGCCUUCAGCAGGAAACAGGCCCUUACUUGCUAUUAAAGGUGUAAUUCUGAAGAAAAUUCUUUCACCAUUAAAACUCACCAGCCGAACACAAAAACAUCAAAGUUCUGACCCACAAAUUCGUGGCUCCUUAUUGCCUCGGUAACAACCAUAACAACCAGCUAAUAAUAAGCAAUAUGGCUGAAAUCAGAACGCUUGCCGCCUCAGGGUUAGUUCGCUUUAAUAAGGGAGCGUUUUUUAUGACUGUCAUGCUGUAUUUCCAUUCCUAGAGGGUGUGGAUGUGGAAGAGGGAGAGUAGCCAGCAGAGACCAAGGUCAGAGUUCAAAUGCAACCUGUUAGUGUUAUGCAGGAGUCAUUGUUUGGAGCCCAUUUUUAAAGCCCUAGUGGUAUAGGAACACCACUUAUUUUUUCUGCAUAUAAAUUUAUCAGCUGAGAGGCAGUUUUGAACAAAGAGUGCAAAAGAUGAGGUUCAAGUCCCUUACGCCAAAAGUGACAACAUUUCUGUAGGAAUGUGGCUUUUGGAAUAUCAUUAAGUCAAACAUAUUUUUUGAUAUUCUAUCCAGGAAUAAGUAAAUAGUAACACUUAGUGCAGUUAUGUCACACAGCCGUAUGAUGUCUAGCCAAUCGGAUGGUGUUGUGGGUGGGACAUUAGAUGAGACAGAGUGGUGAGUGAAAACAGACUUGGAGGGAAUGACACACCGGCAGUAGAGCCAAAGUAGCGCACUUUUGAAAUGGAUUAAUUUGAUCAACAACAGAGGGAAUGAAACACCAGUAUUAAAAUAUUGAAAUAUUGGCCUUGGCCUCUAGGACCGAUAACUGCUGUUCGAACUAUCCGAUAAUAGAUGACCAGCUUUGUAACCGUUUCAGGCCAGGUUACACUUCUUGGGAAUAAUCUUUGUUUUGUUUUGUAUUCUUCUGUUCAGAAAAGUGAUCAUAGUUUGGGUGACUGUGGUGAACUUCUACCUGGACUGAGUUAAGAUGAGAACUAAUGCUCUAAACUGUUUGUAAAAGACUCUUAUAGGCUGUGUCCGAAAUGAAUCACUCAAUCCCGAACCCCUAACCCCCAUAUGGGGUUUUACUAUAUAGUUGACUAUGUAGUGAAGUCAAUCACCGGAGGUUUCGGACACUACAUGGCAAGACGCAAUGCAUGAUGGGAUGCCCACCACCGGUGAGUGACCAUCGGAUGGUCACUACAUUUUGCAAUGCUUUAUGGGAAAUUUUGAGUCACCUAUAUUGGGCACUGGAAUUGAUCACUGAAGUUUCGGACACCCCUCAAAAUGGCGCUAACCCCCAUGUAGUCAUUUAUAUAGGGGUUAGGGAUCCAUUUCGGACACAGCCUUAGUAAACAGUAUGAUAUUUCUGGGUGGGCGGGGCUUAACUUGGAUCAAAACAGUCUUCUUGAUACAUUUACCAUCACUAAUCAGUGAGUUGUUUUUGGCUUGUUUUCUACAAUAGAGAAAUAUAACAUUGAUCUCUCUGCAUCUGGCAACUGCUCAUAUUCAUAGUGUCAUAAUCGUGGAUACCUAGCAUAUAAUGUUUGCAUCGCGUUCAUGAGUAUUUGUCCAGUCUCUGUCUCUCUUCGCUUCAUUGAACCAAAGUCGUGGAGGUCUGGUAUAUUUUAGAGUUCCCGCUCUGAGACAUUAUUAUCACUCUUUUAUUCUGGCACGCAACAAGACAACACUUAAAAAACUCAUGUGACGCCUGCUACCCUGUGGUGGCGAUUUGUGCGUCACUCCCGUUGUGUUUGAUUUUGCCUCCAGCUAAAACCCUGACGUCAUCGUGACAUCGUCCCUAAAAAGGUCUACCGCCUUUAUCGCCUAGACAGACAGACAAAUAAUAGAUCAGGUCACUAAAAUGGUGGUUUAUUUUCAUAUAUUCAAAUUCAGAGCGUACACUACUGGCACUUUCUGUUGCUAGGUUACAGAAGUUGUCCUGUAAGACUUUUUUCUUACCCCCUUUUCUGCUGAAUUCCUUUUUAAAUUGCUCUCAGUGCUUAACAGUUCCUCUUCUCCGAAGAGGUUUGAAGGGAAAUGUAAAAAUGAUGGAGAGGAGGGUGUUUUGGGGUCCAUUACACUGAUGGAGAUAUGUUAGAUAAUACACAGGCAGUGCAAAAGCUCGAGACACAGGCGCUAAAUCGGAGCUCUGAUUGCCUCUUUUUUCACGGGGUGCUUGUUCUUGGUCGCUACCUUUUCACACUUUGAUCAUUCGUCUCUGAAGUUUACAGAGAUUUACUAAUCCCACCGGUUGGCAAGUUUUGAAAACGCCCUCACACCUGUCAUGUGUCGCCAUUCAUCUAUAAGCUAUAUGUUUUCUUGUGUUUGCUUAUGGUCUCAAAGUCGUACAAAGAAUAAAAAUCUUUACGAGUGUCAAAGGAGAAAAAAUGCACCAGAGCUAGUUGUACUGGAGUCCAUUGAUCCAGGAGUUAUACAGCCCAUCUUGGAAGCUCUCCGCAGCAGAUUAGUGCACAAAAGGGAGAUGAAGAAAUGGGAGGGUCAAUAAAGAGUGUUGAAGUGCUUCAUGUUGGAUCAGUGCACCUUUGUUCGGUGUGUUAUAAAAGAAACAUAAAAGAGGACGCGAGGUCAGAGUCAUGGUGUGGCGAAAAGUUUGAACGGUUUCAGCAGUCGAGAUAAAGGAAAGAUUAAAAAAAGAACAAAUUUGUGAUAAAUUAAGUAGGCGUGGCUUUAGGAGUCAUUACUAUCACGCCAGGGGAUCGAUUACACAACAUGGCAGCAGUCCCAGAUCAGAGCAGUCUGCUUCAAAGUCCAAUUUUUAAAGAGCGGAUACAUCAUAACAGUUUUACAAAGACUGUCCGACUCUGGAGGCUUCCUUUAUGGGACCCACGGUCCUCAUACACUAUCCCACAAUCCUCUUGUACGAGUUUGGGUUAGUGUAACAUUUAGUUGACCUCCUUGCUUUGUAAAUAUGGGGAAAUAUCACAUGACCCUGUAACAAUUAUCUGGUAUUUCCAUUAAGGUGGUCAUCAGUCACAUGAUCCGUCACAUGCACAUGACCAAGAAGCAUAAAGCCACAGUAAAGAGAACAGACAUAGUGGUAUUGAUGCGUAUUCACGUGGUUCACGUGGAGUUCACUCUACAUGUGUGGUGUGUUUGUAGAUAGACGUCACUGCUUGUACAUUGAACUUGAGAAUUUAGCUGUUUUCGCUGAUACUCAUCACUUAUUUGCUGCGCCAUACAGCUUGAAAUAUUUGAAGAUCAAGCUGACAAAAAGCAAGAGGUGGGACAACCUAGGGAUCGUUUUUUCAACUGAAUUAGUCCUUUAAAAAGAUUUGGUGCAAAAUCCUGUAUUACAAAUAAUCUUUUCAUUCUUAAAAUUGAAUAUUCAAUCUGUACUUAGACAGGGCAUAGAUCCAGCUAGUUUGAAAGUGGGAGGAAAAAAUGAUUCAACAUAAGUAUCGUGAUUUUUUGUUUUACAAUUUUUCAAUCAAUUAUUAUUUUUUUUUAAAUUCAAGAGUAAAUCUUAACAACUGACUUACAUGUGAUGUGUAUUUUUUGGAGAAAUAUAGUUCCUGGAAUAGUCAGUAGACAAACAUCAUCAUUCAACUGUUUUACUGGUGUUAAAAAUGUAGACAAAAAAUCGAGAAAAUCAAUAUCGUAGAAUCGCAGUUUCAAUCAAAUCGGCAUCCAAAAAAUCGUAGAAGAAUCGAGGAGAAAAGCCUAUCGUCCCAACCCUACUCAAUAACUGGCCUCUGAUUGAUGCUUUUGUGCUCCUUUGACAAAAGAACAAUAUGAAUGUGUGUUGAGAUUAUUCACUCCUAUAGAUCUAGUCUAGUCUUGUUUUGGUUUUCAGGAGAAUAUCAUGUCGACUUAUUGACUUUAUCUGCCCACCGCAGGCUGGAUGUGAAAGCGCUGUGUGGGGUAACAAACUCAAACCACAGGAAAUACAUGCUGGCGUGUGAUAAGUCAUCAACUCUGCCGUUCCCUGACUUGAAACACACCAGACGCUAGAAACUGAAACACAAAAUACUGUAAAAGUGGAAUUUUGGGAAGGGGCUGUUCGUAGUGACGAGUACACAGGUGGGUAGUGACUCACGGUUGAGUCCGCAUGAGUAAAAUAAUAGUUAGCACAUAUCAAACAUGUAUGUUGAAACCGAAGAAUCUUACUGUUUUGUUAAAAAAUAUGAAAGUUAGUUAGUUGUGUAAUGUGAGUUGUGUAAUGCCGUCAAAGACAGGUGGAGGAACAUUUAACUCGGUUAAUUUGCAACAACCACCUCCAAAACCCUUUGAACGUUCAUUACUUGAUCAUGAAUACAGGUUGAAACUCUGGGAUUCAAACUAUAUAUAAUAAAAUUAUGAUCUACAGAUUCUAGUGACUUCUCUGGGCCUGGCAGAGGCAAAGUCCGACAAAUCAGAAUCUGACGUUCUCUUUGGAAACCAUGGAUCCACGAUUAAGAGGAGAGGAACUACUCAUGACUCCAAUCGUAGAAGAGUCUGAGUCACGUGUUUGAAAUGUUUGGCGCACCACAAAACAAAACGUUAUGACAAAGGAGACCCUGAACUGUUGGGCAACUGGAUUCCAAUAUUAUGCAGAUAUGGGACAAAGUUUAACCCUCAAUAAUCAAGAAACCUUUCUGUUUGGUUGUCAAAAGACGAGGUCGAUAUCUUUUAAAAUGUGUUGCUGGUAUUAAUCUGAAAUGAAUGUAUAUUUUCAUAAAGGAGUGAAUGUUGCUGUUGUGCUUCAAGCGAUACGUUUGUCUGUCCUAGAAGAAUUAUUUUGGCAAUGUUUGAAACCAGCUGUCUGGCUGUUUGACUAGUUAAGAUAGAGACUGCAGAAAAACACAGGCUACUGUAGCUUUAGUUAGCUUUUAAUACCAGCCAAUUAGGGCUAAAGAGGGUCAUCGCUCACAAGUUUUGCCUGACACUGCAGAAUAAACUGUACCCAUCAUUUCUAGGACUUUUUCCUCUGCAAAAAGUCUUGAAUAUCUGCCAAACCAGCGUACCUCUGUCAUAUAAAAUACUGGUUAAAAAACACAAAGAUUUCUGACAUCUUACAAGCCUUGACACCUCUGCCACCUGUUGGCUUAGCGGGGUUUCCUUUCAUGGAAACUAUCAUUCACAAAAACAACACUAAGUCUUUCUGUAGAGCUGUAAAAAGUUGAGAUGUUUGUGUCAGCUGAAAGGAUUGAAACGGUAAAAGGACCUAAAUGUUUAAAGUUAAACUUAGAGGGAAAAAAACACGGAAAUCAAAUUGGAAUCAACAACCAAACGUGUUCCUUCCAAAGUCAUUUCACCAGGCAUGAACCUCCAGUCUGAGUCUCAGGAUAUUUCAACAUAUUUAUUGAUAGAGAUCGUGCUGGAAGCGGUGCAUUAACCUUGCUUCCAGGAUAGCAUUAACUGUUGUGUGUGAGCGUGCCUGCUCUCAGAGCAGCACUCAGGCUCUCUGCAGCAUUAUGUAAUCCCCGACCUUCCACUUCCCUCUUCGUAGCCAGUGGUUUUUGGCAGACAUGUGCGUCUUCGCAUGAGGGGGUGUUGGUUUCGACCUGUGGUCACAGCACUGGGGACAGCAGUUUUGACGGGGUUAAGUGGUUGAGAGUUCCUGGUUUCAGUCUGAUGUUUUAUUGCUGAUAUUUUCUGGGGUUUUAUGUACGUGUGUUUUCGUGCGUGUUUUGUCAGCCAUUUACUGUAAGAUUGUCAGCCAGAGAAAUCUCAUAGUAUCUGCAUGUGUUCUCGCAGCCUGCAUGUCUCCUUUCAGGGUCUGGCCGCUGUGACUGCUUUAAUGGAUGGAUGAUGCAACUCCCCUUUCCUCCCUCUGCCAGGCGGGGUGUAUGUGUGCGUUUGUGUGUGUGUGUGUGUAUGUGUGUGCGUCUGUUUUAGAGUGAGUGAGAGGGAGACAUAGAGAGGGGGAUGUCGCUGAAUGAAGCUUAGCCUGGAUGUUUGCCCUGCAGGGUGGGUGGUUGCUAGGCAAUGGCAGUGUGUUUGUUUUAUUUUUAGAGAGAAUCACUGCUGGUGAACAUAGCUGAUUUCUCUUUCUCUCUCACACACACGCAUACGUGAACACUCUCUCCUUCCAUACAUGAACAUACAUGCUAAUUCAAAGCGGCGGUAGAUGCUGGUAAAAGGAAUUCUGUGUGCACAAUCACCCAGCAGAAAGUCAAAGAAAUGUGAAUGGCGUGGCCCACUGCCCCACCCUGGACAUGAAAUCUAAACCGGCCUGGCAUAUUUAUAGAGCUCCUUUUUUUUCACACAUAGACUAUGACACUGCACACAUGCGCAGAACACACACGCUCACACACUCACACACACACACGCAUACGUUCUUUUGAAACCAGCUGUAGUCACUCCUUGCAUGUACCAACCCUUUUUGGGCACAUGCCUGUCAUACCGCGUGUGUGCUCAUGUGGGAGGUAAUGCACAGCAGAAUCAAUAUGUCAGAGAGAAGAAAGGAUGGUCGUCGCACUUUCGAUUUCUGCCGCUUUUUAUCGGUCUGGAGGUUUCAUAAGCGCUAUAGCACCUAAGCGGUAUGCUCUAUAAGUAGCUCUAUACUGCAACAGAAGCUAACCUUAAGGUCAGAAUUGAUUAGUAUGGAGAAAAAACAAACAGCAGGUCAGAAGUGACAGAGAUGUGACAUUGACAUGCUGCUUGUGCCUGCAGGUACAGAAGCUUUGAAAUUAACACAAAAUUGUCAACAUGAUACUAAAGAUGAUCCUCAUAGCAGAUUUACUUAUUGACUAAAAAGACUGUGGGGCUGAUUUCUGAUAUGAUCAGAUAAAACUGUAUGAUAUAAAAUGACACCAACUGAUAUAGAAUUAUUGAAUGUUGAAUAGUAUAACAGGAUGUGAUAUGAUGUGAAAAUGAUACAGAGAAAGAUAGGAUAUUAUAACAAUGAUACCGUAAGAUAUAGUAUGUUACAAUAGAAUGAAAUAGGACGUAACAUCAUAUAGUACUAUAGAAUUUGAUAUAAUAGUUAUGGUGUGAUUCUCCACAAAAUACAGUAGACAAUAUUUAUGGAUAAGAUACAUGAUAACACAAUGAGAUGCAAUAAUAUAUUAUAUGAUAUGAUAGGAUAUAAUACAGUACCAGUGAUAGAAUACAUGUUGUUCAGAUUGGAGGUGAUCACCAGUUUGAUAGUAAAUUUCCCAUAAACAACCAAAACAAGUUAGAUUCUACUAUUUCUUGAAGGACUAUUCUUCGCUUAAAAUCUAUACAAGCAUCAGAAAAAUGCCUAACUAUGCGUGAAUAAUUACACACUGUUAAUAACAUUCUUUGCUAAAUCUGCAAAGCCCUGUAACUAAGAUGCAUUCAGAUGCUUUAUGAAAUAGUUGUUGUUUUUCUUUUUGGGUCCAAAACAAAAUUGGAACAAAAUUGGAACUAAAUUUUGAUCAUCCUCUGCUUAGUAACCAGGUCUUUAUACAAUAUGUUAGAAAACAAAGUGUUACGAUCCAGUAGGAUACAAUAGGAAUAGGGCUGGGCGAUAAACCUAAAAUUUGUUGAUACCGACAUUUACGACAAUAACCAACGUCAUUUUGCCCAAUAAAUAAAAGUUGGUUUUGGAUGUGUGUAGGUAGGCUAUGGUCUCAUGUCCCUUUUUAAGACGCUGUCCUACGUCUGAGACAUGGCUCCACCCCAUCCAGUCUGUAACAAAGAGGGAAAGGUUCAAAAGUUGUAGCGGCUGAAGUAGACAAAGUUAAUGUGGGAGGGGGUGAGCAGCUUGUGGAGUAGUUAUCAUCCAUUUAUCAUUAUCAAAGUGAACUGCUCAAUAUAUUGUGAUGUUGAUUUGAGGCCAUAUCGCCCAGCCCUAGAUAAGAUAUGAAGUGAUAUGACAUAGGAUUUAAUAUAGUUUGAUAAGAUACCUAAGGGUUUAGCCAUCCAACAUACUUUCUUACUAAUAUUCAACCCCUGUUUUAUGUUUGUUGUUCCAUUGGUCUGAAGUUAGCACCUUCCCCAACAUCUCCAAUACCUCCAGGGGACCAAGACAGUGUGGUCUGUCAAAACGAUGGCAACCACAGCAGCACAGAUUGACACUGGCACCACUUAACAAGCUUUCCAAACAGCAGCUUAAGGAGGUCUAUAUUAAACAGGAAAGGUUGCAUCUCAGUUAAUGCAAAAAGGGAUACACCAGAGGACUUCUCUCUCUGUUUGUCCCAGUGUGGCGACCCUCUACCACGACAGGUUAACAAGGGUUAAAGAGCCAAGAGGGACCGUCUGCUAAUCAAGCUGAAAAACAUAAACCGCUGACUGCAGACUAAAGAUGGUAUUGAUCUACCCAGAUGGACACAAAUGCAUCAAUCGGUCGCCAAAUAUACCUCCGUUGAUACACCCGGUCCACGCACUCAGUUAAAGUGGUUGUAUAGGAAACACUGCAGUUUACUAAUAGUAUUAGUUAGCUUGUGUACAGAGUGAAAGAGGCUCUGUGUGCUCAAACAAGCUUUAAGGCUGCAGUGUAAUCCUUUCUCUGGUUUCUCCUCUGCUAUCUUUGUCCUGUGGUUGGGAUCCCUGGCUCUUGACAGCCACUGAGUAAUUAAAAUCAGUCUGAAUCCACAGUAUGAAGCAGCCUACUAAACUAGUAACACCAAAUGUGAUGUUUGAACAAGGUGUUUAAAGUACAAAGCAUAUUAUUGACAAAUGAGUGUCAUGUGAUCUCUCAUAGAUCCAAUAGGAAUUGAGUUAGUCAUAUUAAUACGGCUCUUACACAGUCUUAUUGGAUGGUUUAACAGUUUCAUUUUGAUACCUCUUGUCUUCUCCUUGUUUUCCAGCUGUAGGCAGCAAUGGGUGCAUUCCUGGACAAGCCGAAGACAGAGAAGCAUAGUGCUCAUGGGGAAGGCAAUGGACUGCGCUAUGGCCUGAGCUCCAUGCAGGGCUGGCGUGUGGAGAUGGAGGACGCCCACACAGCUGUGGUGGGCCUCCCCCAUGGACUCACCGACUGGUCCUUCUUUGCUGUCUACGAUGGUCACGCAGGCUCCAGGGUGGCCAACUACUGCUCCGGCCACUUGCUGGAACACAUCUUGUCAGGAGGAGCUGAUUUUAGUUCAGGUUCCAGCUCAGUGGAGGGUGUGAAGGACGGCAUCCGCUUGGGCUUCCUGAACAUUGACGAGUACAUGCGCAGCUUUGCAGACCUGCGGCAGGGUCUGGACCGCAGCGGAUCGACGGCCGUGUGCGUGUUGCUCAGCCCGAACCACCUCUACUUCAUUAACUGCGGCGACUCGCGGGCCGUGCUGAGUCGAGACGGCAAGGUGGGCUUCUCCACCCAGGACCACAAACCCUGCAACCCCCGUGAAAAGGAGCGCAUCCAGAACGCUGGUGGCUCAGUCAUGAUCCAGAGGGUAAAUGGUUCCCUGGCUGUGUCCCGGGCCCUGGGGGACUAUGACUACAAAUGUGUGGAUGGUAAGGGCCCCACAGAGCAGCUGGUGAGCCCGGAGCCCGAGGUGUGCGUGUUGGAGCGAGCGGCCGAAGGAGACGAGUUUGUGGUGCUGGCGUGUGAUGGAAUCUGGGACGUCAUGUCCAACGACGAGCUGUGUGAGUUUGUCCGCUCACGACUCCAGGUGUGCGACGACCUGGAGAAGGUGUGUAACUCAGUGGUGGACACCUGUCUGCAUAAGGUAAGAUUCAGUUUUGUAUACGAUGUGCAACUAUGUGAAAAUGAAUACAUAGUCCCCUGCACAAGCCUUUUUUUUCAUACACUUCAACAACAUUCACGUUAUAAAUAUUCAUGAUAAAACUCCCAUUUGCCUGGUUACAUAUUAUAGAAAUCUUGGCUGGUGCGACUCAAGCUGUGUCCAAAAUGGAUCCCUAAUCCCAAUAUAGGUGACUAUAUAGGGGUCAGCGACAUUUUUAGGGGUGUCCGAAACCUGAGUGAUCAAUUCUGAUGCCCCAUAUAGGUGACUCAGAAUUUCCCAUAGAGCAUUGCUAAAUGAAGUGACCAUCCGAUGGUCACUCACCAGUGGUGGGCAUCCCAUCAUGCAUUGCGUCUGCAGUGGCAGUAUGAGCAGUGACGUCACAACGGUGCACCAUGUAGUGUCCGAAACCUCUGGUGAUUGAGCUCACUACAUAGUCAGUUAUAUUGUGAAACCUCAUAUGGGGGUUUGGGAUUUAGUGAUUCAUUUCGGACACAGCCUUAUACUCUGGUGCGACUUAUAGUCCGGAAAAUACAUUACGUGAUAGAGGUGGAAAUCACUACUGGCCCCACAAUAGGAUAUCACGAUACUUGGGUCACGAUACGAUAUUGUUGCGUUUUUUAACAUUUUUGCAAUACAGUGAGUACUGUGAUACAAUAUAUAUAUUGUGAUUUAUGCAAUCUUUUCAACCGCUAAUUUAGCAUUUGUCUUUCCUUUAUGUUUGUCUUUUUUACGUUUUUUAUUUUAUUUUCAUGUGGCACAUCUUGCAAACCUUAUAUAUAUUUGCUUUACUAACUUUCUGCUGCUCUGUGAUGUCACCUCUGCCAGCCUCACUGGACAAACAGUUGAUUUUAUUUUUCCAUUAUCAGAGAUUUGACUUCAUAUUAGUUAUUAAUUUGAAAAAUCGAUUCUUGGUUAAUGGGACGAUACGAUAUAUCACCAGACAAAAUAUCGUGAUACUAUGCAGUAAGGAUUUAUUUUCUCCCACCCCUAGAGAGUAAUACCAGUUAUUUUUUAUUCAAAAUAUUAUGGAACACCAGCAAGACAAUAAGAAAUAUUCUGUUUGGAUUCAAUAUGAUAUGAUGAUAUGAUAUGAUAUGACAUACAGUCUGAUUUGGUAGGUCAUGAUAUGAUGCAAUACAAUACAAUGUGAUAAGGUUUGAUAUGAUGUGAUACGACGAGAUACAGUGUGAUAUGGUGUGAUAUCACAUUAUCUAACAGGAUACAAUAAGAUAGAAGUUAGAAGUCAUAUUCAUAUAAUAUGAUAUAAUACAGAAGAGUACAUUAGGAUACAGUGGAGUAUUUUACAACAUGAUAGCAUGCGGAAGAGAUGGAUACAAUACAUCAGGGUACGAUGCAAGUCGAGGUGAGACAAGAUAAUACAAGACAGGAAAUACGAUAAGGGUGUGAUAUGGUGUGGGACAAGAGAAGACUAGAUUAAAGAUGGGACAAUACAAGAUACUGUCUUCCAGGAAACAAAAGCUGAGUUUAUUUUUUAAUAUUACAAAGAAAGAGCUCAGUAGACUGAGGUAACUUCAGGGCUGCGACUCAAACGCUGACUAAUCCACUCAUAACCAUACUUAACAUCUCACUGGGGAGAUGAGAUCUAUCACAAGUUAAGUCCUGCGUCAUUAUUUUCUAUUUCCUCUCCUGACUUGGCACAUUUGCCCUCUCAUCUUUUAAAUGGAGAAAAAGCAUGAAUCAUUCUUUUGCCUCAGGUGAACCCACCCACGAGUCCUUGUCUUGGACUUUUGCCUUCCCUGUCCCGCCUGUUCUGUGUCUGGAGUACUCCAAGAGCCAGGGAGUGCACGGCAGCCUAGUUAUUUUUACCUUAGUGGAUGGGUUAUCUCAAGUAACAGCCACACGCUGUCAUAAAUCUUUCCUGCUGUCACUGCCUUUUGUCAUGUGUGUGACACUGUGCAUUACAGACUUCCUCGCCGUGUGGAAAAGUGUGAAAUAUGGUUUCAGUCAAUUUCAGCUCUGGACAAUUAUGGAAAAAAAGAGAGUAUGGAAAAAUAUUUGUGUCUUCAAACUCUUGACCCUCUUCUGUUUUCUGAAAUACCGAGUUCUGAAAGCUAAAUAUAAAUUCUUCACACUCCUCCACAGAGCUGCCUCUAUGACUGUACGUCACAGCUAGCUUAACAGCUCAGCCACAUUUAUAACUCUACCAAAUCCAGUCAUCCUACCAAAUUGGUGUGAGAGGAUUGUUAUUGAUUUGCACACAUAAUCCAAAAUAACCACCUGUAAAACUUCCCUAAUGCUAAGUAUGGUGACACAACUGCUUACAUUUUCAGGAUAUUACGCACACAUUAUCAACCACUAUUAACAUAGUAAUUAUAGUUGUUUAAACCAGGAAGAAGUCAUGUAAAUCUUUCAGUUGAUGGUGUCAAAUUAAGUGAUUUGAAGAAGUCGAUUUGCGCUCAGUCACAUUGUGAUGGACAGUUUUAUUUUCCGGAAUUAAUCUCUGCAUCUGAAAAACAACCAGUCAGUUCAUGCACAAUAACAUUUAUAAUAAGCAAAAAGCCCUUAUAGAAUUUUGUGAAGAUAUGAAAACACAAAACAUAUGAAUUAUGUGUGUUCAGGUGUCUUCUUCACUCUGGUGUGACACACUGCUGAAUUGUUACGCCUUUUCCAGGGUUCCUACACAGUUGGAAUUUCCAUUAUUUUCCAUACCCUACUUUUAAAAAUUAUUUUUGGAAAUACCUACUUUUCUAUUUUAGAAAACAGUAUUUUUUAUUGUGGUUAUAGUCUGGAAACCUAAAUAUUUUUCCAUACUUUUUAAGACCUGGAAAUUGAUCAAAUUACUUCCAUACUUUUCAUACCGGGAACUCUGAUUUUAAUGUAGAUAUGUGGAAUAAAGUAAAACCAUUGUGGUGCUGUAUACUGAAAGGCUCAAUAGUCAGACUUUUGACUCCAAUAGUGUCUCUUUUGUCGGCUAAUUUAACGAUAUUCAAUCUGAACAGGCUCUGUAACAUUCAACUUUAUUGCCUGUUAACUUAAAAUGAAAACUAGAUAAUGAUUAUUAGAUGUGCAUCAUAUCACGAAAGAUGACCUAGCAAAAGAAUAAGUGAUUCUGAUUGGUCAUUGCAUGGACACAUGUCAUAACAGCGGUCUGUUAUUUCCCAAUAGCAGACUGUUGUUAUGAAGAACAGCUAAAAAAGCAGAUAAAAUACAGAGGUGAGUAAAGACACAAGAACUAAAAACUACAACCAUUAUUGUAGUUUUCAGUUCAGGGAAAGGGGACACUGUUAUUUUCCCCUUUCCUAAGGGGACAAUAACAGUGUAUCGUAUCGUAUCGUAUCGUAACUGAAAAAGCUAGAACAUGAAAGAUGGUGCAUGAAGUGAGCACUCAGAAAAACUCAGUAUGGAAGGAAAAGUGUCACAGACCCUGACAAUGAUUAGGUGGAUUGACCCAAACAGGUGUGGCACUGAUUCAUGUGCUUCACCUCCAUUAUCUGUGGAAAUGUUCAGUUAAUAACAGCAAAGAUAGUUCAUUUUAAAGCUCCUGUGAGGAAUGUUCAGUAAAGCAACAUGGCUGCUGCUUCAGCUGCUCAGCUGACACCUCCCCCCUCGCUCUUUGAGACUUUAAAAUUACAGUAUCAAAAUCAUGUUUACUUUGGGAGGUCAUAAAAAGGCAUCAAUGUGUAUCUUGCUAAAAGCUCAUUAGCUGUGUUGCUAUUUUCACCUAGCUGCACAUUGAGGUUGUCGUAGUUGGCUUCAGUCGAUCAGCAAAUAAGACAAACUGCGUGUAAAAUGUUAAUUUCCAUCUAUAGAAAUCCUCCGCAUGAAUCCUCCUCAGAAGCAGUCGGUUCCUUCGUGUGUGUGCUCAAAAAUGACUGGCCUUCAGCUGUCAUUGCUUUAUACAGCCCUGCAUUGUCGAAUGAUAAACAAACGAACCUUGAACCUGUUUGUUCUUUUUGUGUGUCUGUCCUCGUUUCUGCAGGGGAGCAGGGACAACAUGAGCGUGGUGCUGGUGUGUUUACCCGGAGCUCCCAAGCUCUCCGAGGAGGCCAUAAAGAAAGAAGAGGAGUUGGAUAAAUACCUGGAGACCCGUGUCGAGGGUCAGCACACGCAACACACGCACACCUUUUCAUGAGCAGAUCUAUAAAAGUGACGUCAUCGUGGUGUUCAAGAGGAUUCAGUUUGUCUAAUCGUUACCUAAAACUGCAGAUUAAUGAUUUGGAUUGUUCCUGGCUGACUUGCCGAGUUAAUUUGUCCGUCCUGUCAGUCUUUGGAUGCCUCUGUGGAAAAUGUUUUUAAAAAGGAUCAAGCAAACCUUAGGCCACAUACUGUGCUUAGUUUCUGUGUACAUAACCAGGACAAAAUAAACAUUCUUUAGGUUGAACAAAUAUUUAAAAAUCAGUCUGCUCCACUGUGGCUCUGCAAAUGGUAAAUACCAGCAUAUCUGAUUUUCCUCCGCUAUUGCUGAUUUCUUCGCCACCGCAGAGAAAGCUGGCGGUUUAACACCUAAACCUCAGUGUGUAAUAAAACAUGACCUUUGCCUCGGUGUUUAAAAGAAGCUCUCACAAAGCUGUCAUCCUCUUUGUGUCUGUGUGUGUGUGCAGAGCUGCUUGGAAACUGUGGGGAGGCAGGAGUCCCUGACCUGGUGUCUGUCCUGAGGAGCAUCGCCACAGAGAACAUCCCCAACCUUCCACCUGGAGGAGGCCUGGCUAGCAAGUAAAUACACCAGCAGGAAUGAAAGUUCACUGCAUUCACACAUACUGGAGUGUGUUAUUAGAUUAUGGCUUUAAUACAUUUAAAAACUUUCGAUUCAACAUCUUAUUUACUCCAAAGUUAUUCUGUCAGUGCUUAAAAAACAUUAGAGACACAGUAACACCACGAUCGAGGAACCAGAAAAGAAUCGAGACAAGUAAGCCUCUAGUUUAAGAUUGUUAUCAUCACUGGGCUAUAAAUCAUUUUGUCAGCAAACAAUAAAAAGUUCCACUGUUAAAGAUUUGCACUGAAAGACCGUCUGUUUUAGAUGAGCUCAGACACUGAAGAGCAUCGUUUUUGUUUACCUAAAAAUAUGUAAUGAUCCAUAAAAGCUGGUCUGUGCUCCCUACAAAGAACCAUUUUUGUCCAGCUGUGGAGAACAGUCAGACAUUAGAAUUAAGUUUUUUGUGUGUGGGGAAUUUUUGCCCUGAGUGGAUAGGACAGAUGAAGAGAGAGAGGAAACGUGGGGAGUGGAGAGUAAGCAAAUCGUCAUGGUAAUGAUAAUCAAACCAGCGACCGCUGUGACGAGGACUACAGCCUUUAAAUGUGGGGCACUUAGACUGCCAGAGCAUCAGCACCCUGACUUUGGAAUAAGAAGUAAUGGAGAGUAGGGCUGGGCGAUAAACCGAAAAUUUACCAAUACCGAAAUUUACAACAAAUGCCUAACUGUGUGAAUAAUUACGCACUGUUGAUACCAUUCUUUUCUAAAUCUGGCUGUUUCAGGCUUUUGUUGAAUAUUAUUAAUAGAAAGCCCUAUAACUAAGAUGCAUGCAGACGCUUUACGAAAUAGUUGUUUCUCUUUAUGGGGCCAAAACACAAUCGGAACUAAAUUUCGAUUAUCCUCUGCUUGGUAACCAGAUCUUGAUACAAUAUGAUAUGAAAGAAAAUGGUAUGAUCCAGUAGGAUACAACAGUAUAUAGGGCUGGGCGAGAAACUGAAAAUUUACAGAUACCAAAAUUUACAACAAUAACCAACGUCAUUUUGCUCAUAUCAGUAUAUUCAGUGUCAAAAAAAAAAAUAUAUAUAUAUAUAUAUAUAUGAUGGUUUUGGCUGUGUGUAGGUAGGCUAUGGUUUCAUGUCCCUGUAAGACGCUGUCCUACGUCAAAGAUGCGACCCUACCCUAUACAGUCCGUAACAAAGAGGGAAAGACAGGUGAGGAGAUGGAGGACGGUUCAAAAGUUGUAGUGGCGGAAGUAAAAGAAGUUAAUGUGAAGGAGGUGAGCAGCUUGUGGAGUAGUUAUCGUCCAUUUAUCGUCAUCGAGGUGAACUGAUCAUUGUAUCGUGAUAUUGAUUUGAGGCCAUAUCGCCCAUCCCUAAAGACCCCUGCUCACCAAACACUAUCCUGCUUAUUACCAGGUGACCAAAGAUGAAAACUUUUUCGAGCUGAUUUGAGGUUGUUUUUUGCUGUUUUUUAAGGUUUAUUCAAAUCGUUAAAAAGGUCAGUAACGCUUCAAAUGCUUCCCUAAAAAUUCCCCUACCAGCUCUGCUGCUGCUGCCUGCAUUGCUGGAUAGAAUCUCUCUCGUGUCGGAGAUGGUCUGUUCUCAGUAGCUCCUCUGCUGACUGACACUGAACCUUUUAUGAAGUCGCAAAUCAAAAAAUCUUUUGGCAUUCGCCUCCUAAGUGUUGGACUUCUGGCUGGGUUUGAGCCUGACUAAAGCUCAGGUAAACAGGCCACCUUGUGCACUGAUCAGCUUUAUUUUUACUCCUACAGUUUAUGAUGAUCUUUAUAGAUUUUUGAACAAGCCGAUAAUAAACAAACAUAUGCAGCAAACACUCCUCAAAACACUUUUCCUCUUCUGCUCACGUUCACAAAGAGUCUCUUUCAUGCACGAAAAGCGGAUACCCAGGUAUCGACUCAGCUGCCUCCUUGGCUCCAUUAUAAUGUGAAUCAAUAUACAUUUGCAGAGAAUGAACUGUCUGUAUGAAGCGAGGAGUUGACGUCUUCUCUAAGCAGCUGCUUUGUGUGUGUCUGUGUGUGUUUGUGUGUGUUUGCAGACGGAGCGUGAUCGAGGCGAUGUACAACAAGCUGAACCCUCACAGAGAAGAGGAAGGGGUGAGUUUAUCUCUCUCUGCUUCCCUCACCUCUUAAACCUUUCACCGCACCCUUUCUUCCUCCUCGACAUGACCUCAUACAAACACACGCCAGCCCAGCCAGGGACACUCGGAUGUAUCUCAUGUGAAGAUGAGUGUGAGAGAGAGAGUUGAUGUGAUUUAGUCGUGAACAGCAGAUGGAAGAUAGACUGCAGCAGAAGACCCUUGGUGAGCACUUGUUGUUUAAAAGCAUUAAAGCUCAGUGAGUCCAGCUUUGAUUUUGUGUUAACCAUUUCAACACAGUGGACAGAAAGACCUCAAGAAUGAACUCUGCUUUACCACCAGUGAGUGAACCUCUGUCCUCAGCAGCUUUGUAGAAACAGUGUCAUUUGGCUUUUUUAGUUUUACCAUCCUAGGAUUCAUCCUGCAUGCACAUCUACACUUGACCUCAAAAUACAGAUUACUAAGAAAAAUAUACACACACACAUGGAGUGACGGGUUCCUUAAAAACUGUAGUUACACAGGUAUAAAUCAGGGCUCAAGAGUGCAACUGUUUCGUGACUAAAAAUAGAUGUGUGCGAAUUGUAGAAUGUAUUUAGGGGCACAUGUGCGCAUAAAAAAAAUCAGCCGAGGCAACAAAUGUUUUUUUAUGUAAAGUUAGUUUUAAGUUGGAUAUUCAAUGGACAUUCACCGGGACCUACCUGUGUCUUCUUACUCUCCAUAACCGGGAAUAGCAACAGCAGUGCGGUUAAAUCUACUCGGCAUAGGUGUUGAAUAAGGGACCAUCAAUAAAUUCUCAAAAAAGGCUGUUUCCCCUUAAUAGCUAACAUGUCACACGACCAAUUGACCUAAAAAUGAUUUCAAAUAAUGGUACUAAAAGUCCUUUCACUUCGCUGUGAUGUGAACGCUUGUAUUGACAGAAUACGGGUUCGAAAAAAAUUAUUGACGUCCGAAAUAAUCGCACAAAAACAACGGUCCCGGUGUGAAAGGACCUUAAGGUUGGACAAUAAGACACACCUCUUUAUUUCCCUAAUUUGUACUCAAAAUUUUUUGUGUUAAAUUUAAAGGCAUAUUUCGAACAUUUUCAUCAAUAGCUUUCAUGUCAUGUGACCAAAAGAUAAUAGUACUUAUGUUGACCAAUAAGACACACAUUAUUCGAUCAAUUUUCCUUGUGCCCCCAAAAUUCUUUUUGUGCUCCUUACUUUUUUAACAUGUGGACAUGUGCUCCUAAGUUGAAAAAAGUUAGUGUCAAGCCCUAUAAAUUGACCUCUAUUGGCUGUUGCUGUUUAAAACUUGUUAAAAUGGCAGGUGUUAUUCAUGAUCAUCGUUUUUUUAUACUUUGAAACUAAGUUUUUAACAAUCUUCCUCUUCUCUUGGCUCAAAAGCUGCGCAGGUAGAAAAAAAACUCCUUUGAAGGGUGAACGUCCACGUACCUGAGCUAGUUAUCCAUUCCUUUAGUCGGGAGGUUAUGUGCCAGUUUAACGAGGACACAGCCUACAUACAACUUAAUCUCUGUUUUAAUGAUCAAAAAAUGGUCCACAACCGCACCGUUCGGCAAGACGCCAACCGUCCAGGUAGCAGAGCAUAGUAACAGUAUGCCAUUAACUAGUGCUACACAGCAUAUAAAGAGUAUUAAUGGCCGAUAACAAAAUAAAAAUUUAUAACAUUAAUCAACUAGUAAUUUAGAUGCUGACCAGCACACAUCCCCAGUGAUAGCAUUACAACUAACAAUAACAAACUAACUGGAUUAUAUUUUCAUACUUAAUUUGAAUUAUUAGAGAUGUUGUUGUAAAUGAGCAAAAAUCAAGCAGCUCACACCUGAAGAGACAAAAUAAUUUCAUGUUCACUAAGAGAAACUCUAUGGACAGAUCAGAGAAUUCACUUUGAACCAGAGUCAAACGUAUUGAAGCUGUUUUUUAUUAGUUGCCCUGAUCAAACACAGAUUUUUAAACGUUCUGCAAAUACAAAUUUAUACCAGCAGCAGCAGCAGCAGCAGGGCCUGAUAGAAAUAAACAAAAUAUGUUUAAAGCGAAAACUCGAAAACUGCCUGAGCAUUAGGGUGGAGAUUUUGGCUUUAAGUGAAACCAGCUAUUGAUAGAAGUGAAGGUAUGAAAGCUGACCUGACCUCAGGUGGAGAUCAAAGUCAGGUGUGAAACAGUCUGAAAGGGUGGAUGUAGAGGUGGAGGUGGAGGUGUGUGUUUAAUGUUUGAGGUCACAUGAUGGAAGUAUUUGUCAGAUUAAUGUCAGCAAAGCUCUGACGUCCAGGCUCUUCUUGGUCUCCGGGCUGUGCGGGUGCUGACUGACCGCCCCCUCCCCACCUCUCUCUGUUACACCACACAGCGAAUAUCGCAAAGGGUUGUUGGUCACAGGGUCAGAGGUAGGGUCUGCAUGGACCUGUCCGACUGGUGCAAACUGUUUCUGACAUCAUCACACUAGUGUGUGCUAGACAUUUGUGUCACAGUGAUGGGAGUGCUGUGUGUGAUAUGUGUAAGAUGUACAGUAUGUGUGUGUGGAAGUAAAUGUGAGUAUGUGACCAUGGAGCGUGCCUUCAGUCUGACCCCUGGCGUGUCACCUCAGGCCUGUGCGGGGGGAGAGGAGGAGGAGAGUGAGGAGGGAGGUGGCAGCACGGCGGCUCAUCUGCUGGAGGCUCUGAGGCAGUUCCGCCUGCACCACCGGGGGCAGUACCGCACGGUGCUGGAGGAGUCCCUGGCUGCCUUCCACCUGCGCGGGGAGGAGAGCGCUGCCGAGGGAGCCGGAGAGGGCAGGAGGAACCCCGACGACGACGGAGACGACGACAACAACGACGACAGCGACGGCCAGGAGCAGCCUGCCUCCCCUCCCUCUCCCCCCUCGCCCCCGCCCUCACCUGCCAAUGCAGAGCCGGAGAGCAGCCAAGAUGCGCCCGCCCCUGAGUUCAAUCCCUCCUCUAAAUGAGCACCCAGCUCCAGUCAGAUGCUAUGACCUCUCCUCCUUUUUCCUUCAUCACAGAACUUGAAUGGAAAAUCAACCUCUUCUGGCUCUAUCACAAGUCUGCUCAUUCUCAUUCAUGAAUAUUUCAUUAAUACAGUGGAAAUAAAAACAGCUCGCCUGUCUGUCUGUUCAAGUUCUGUGCUGGAGCUUCAUUUAGUCUUUCCGCCUCCAAAAAGGUCUCUUUCCUUUUCUUCUCUGUCUGUGCCCCCCUUCCUGCUCACCACCUUGGCUUGGAUCCCCCCAACUCUUGCCAGCCACUUUUACGCCCUAAUCUCACUGACUGAUGUUUACAACUGAAGAUAACAAAUUACUAUAACAAGCAGAAGUGGCUGGUGAAGCAGAAAUGAACCUUGCACUCCAUGGCCUACAUUUAAGAGUACUGGCUUCUGGCUGAUUUCCCCCCCUCCCCUCCCUGCACCCCAACACCUGCUUUACAGCAACGUGAACUGUCAAGAAAAGGAGAGAAGACCGUCUGAGCCGCAGCUGUGUUCGACGCACAGCUCUGUGUUUAGGCUGACCCUGUCUACAGACUCAGAAAGCACUCUUUUGGCGUAUAUGUGUCUGUGUGUGAGUGUGCGAGAGUUCGACUGACCCAAGAAAGACGCAAAUCGUCCCUACUGUAAUGUGUGGUUUUGACGGUGGGCGGUUAUCCAGAGUGUUAGUUCAUUUAACAGCUUGUUCAACAAUGUUAGGAUGGGUAGAGUUUAACUGGACAGUGUAACCGCAAGAAGAUACCUGCGACUGUGGGUUAGCAGGUGUGUGCUUCGAGUGAGAGCUCCUUAUCCUUCAAGUCAUUCCAUCACCACGUAAACAUGACUUCAUAUCAUCAUAUGUUUAUACGCUGCCUCAGAGUAACGCGCAACAAGGUGGAAGUUUCCUCCUGGAUGUAAAAGCAUCAAGACAUCAGAUUUCAGAAAACAAAACUCCUGGGUGACAAACGAAGGGAAAGCUUCAUUAAAGGGUGGAGCGCCAGUCCCAAAGGUCAUGUUGUUUCCAACGCCAAAACAGUCUGUCCUUAAAACAAAGCGUUUUCUUUUUUUAGGCAAACAGUAUCUCGCUCUACAUCGAUCUUUGACGUGGCUCAACUUCCAUGAAAGCUUAGUCACGUGUCAGAUUUAGCUUUUAGCUCCGUUCAGACCGCUGAAGACCGUCUCCUCCACCAGACAAACCCCAGAUGCUUCCAUAGGACAGCUCAAAGAGGUUAAAAAUCAUACCUCAAAAAAAAAAAAAACGCUUUCACCCUUCAAGAUUUUUCUUGUCCAACUGGAACAUGAUCUAAAAAACACUCCAGAUAACACAUCACUUACCUUUUUGCUGCUUGUUUAUUUGAUAUGGAAAAAAAGAGUUGGCUCGGUGCCGGUCCAGAAGUGCCUGAAGAGUAUUUGUUUCUGUUUUUUCUUUCUGUCUUUCUUUUUUCUUUUACGCAAGAAAUACUUCAAGGGUGAAAACGUACCAUUUAUGUGACCCUCGGCUGUUUUAUUGACCUGUCUGGGGUUCUCGUCUCUUUGUUGUAUAUCGAUGAGUUGCAUUGGUUUUACACCCAACCAAAGACAUUUUUUGGAGCUGAGUACUGACAGUAGACUCAUUCAACUCAAAGCAAGAGCAGCUAUAUCAUACGAAAGUUGAGCCAAGUCAAACUGUGGCGCUAAAGAAAAGAAGCGUGAAAUAAACCAGAAUGGAUGGUGUGCUUCCAUCUCGAUGGGCGCCAACAUAUCGAUCUAUGGGGGCGAAGGCAGAAAGGGUCUGGCUGGUGGAUUUAUGGGACCAACCCUUCUUUUGAUGUAGUGAUAAACCGCAAAGAUCCCCCAGGUCAUCAGAGUCCACAACAGAGCAGAUUUACAUAUCGAUUCGAAGCAGACAGUCACGGUCAGGUAAAGUUCAGUGACUCUUUUGUUAGUUACUUUUUCAAUCUCCUUUUUUCCCCAUUUUUGCUAAUCCAUUUACGACUGCUACAGGAGCUGGCAUUUGCCAAUCAAUCGAUGGGGGACUGGGAUCAAAUGUUCCCCCAAAAUAUCAUCAAUCUCGUAGUUACGACAUUAAAGGGUAACAUAAUAUGGGAUUAUCUGAGGCAGGAUUAGCUGAUAAAGUCAUUCUCUGAGCGCAGAUAGAGAGGACAGUCAUUGAACGUCUAUAUCAUGUACCCAGGGACUCUGGUAAUGCAUGCCCCGCACUUAUCUUUUUUCGAUCAAAGCACUUAGGUAUCAGAAAGUGAGGUUAUGCUAAAACACUGUGCGUUUGUAUGUGUGUUUGUGUACGUAUGAGUUGUAUUUGUAUGCGAUCAUGUGGGUCGAAUCAGUCCCGUGCAGUUACAAAUGAACAAAUGAACAAAAUAAAAAUUGAUUUGAGGUAUAACGCUAUCAUGUGUGUCGAGUGUGUGAUUCUCUCUCCAUCUGAUCUGACAGUGCAUCUGUGUUUCUCAUCCAAAGUUGUGUUUUUCUCUUCAAAAUGAGUUUCAACCCCUUAUUUAGCCCGAGGUAGAAAUGUGCUAAUAGAUAACCGGUGAUUUCUCCAAACUUCUAGAGACUUUAAGCGUCUAUUUUUGUAAGUUUUAGGGAACAACUCAGGCAGAAAAUAGACCCCUACCUUCCUUGCCCCCUUCCUCAUCCUUUCAGCUUCUAGAUCUAGCAUUGCUUUACGAUUUUAUCUCAGCAGCUCAAAGACAAAAGACUGUGUUUUCUUAAAAUCAUUAGCAGCAAAGUGGUUUGAAACCCCAUGAUAAAGCAAAUUUAGAGCAUAGGGACUUCUUUCUCCCGUUUCCCUCCCUGUUUUUCAGUCUGACAGUUUGCCUCGUGAUUCUCCGCAAGGUGAGUCAUCGGAGGUCUGGGUUCUGGUUGUGUUAACAUGCAGACUUAUGAGAGGAAUCUUACUGUCUUAAAACAUGAUCCAUUCAUUUUAGGUAGACAUCAGGCACCACAGAUGACCAAAUGUUGACAUUUUGAUUAACUGCAUCAAGAGAAGUGAAUGAACAAAAGCCUAACGCACACCUCUCUCCGUUUCUUUCCCUUUUUUCACUCACUUAGAGUGCCGGUGAGCUGGAAGACCCCUGGUAGCCACAGCCGCGCCCCCUUUCCCGUCUCCUCCUUGUGAUUGGUUCGUCCGCCCCAAAGGAGGAGUGUUUCUCCAUUUGCGCCAUGUCUUUCUCCACUAAAAGAGGACAUGUGGUGUGUGUUGGAGUGCGUGAGUGUGUGAAUGUUGGAUGUGCAUGGGUGUGUGCGGGUGCGAUUGCAGCAGCGGGACAAAGACGACAACGACAAGGACUACUCACACAUACACACACACAUACACACACGCACACAUAUACUGCUUUAAACCUGGAGGAAACAAAAUCAUUUUUUCAAAAUGUUGAGAUUUAAUGAACCGAAGCGUUGUGAUGAUAGGGAUAAUUUUUACCAUUGAGGUGUUUUUUUUUUUUUUUUUUUUCUUCCUUUUCUUGAAUGUUGACGGUAAACACCUGACUUCACAAUAACAUGAGGACCUAUCAUGUGUGUGUCUGUGUGUGUGGGUGUGAGUGAGUGUGUGUGUGCGAGAGUGUUUCAAGGAGGGCCAAGAGAAGACAGACGGUGGAUAAAGACUUUGUAUGUAACUCUUCUUCUCCUGGACUUUUUUUUUUUUUUUUUUUUUCGUGCUCCUGGGUCUGAUACUUGCCUAACACCUUUGCUUCUCCCCUCUUUAAAAAAAAAAAAGACACACACACACACACACACACACACACACUCUCUAACACACACAGAAACACGAAAAAAAAAAAAAAAAAACAUUAACACCCUCCUUCCACCCUCCCCCACUUCCACCUGUGCACGUAUGUGAUGUGCCACCUUUGCAGGGCACUGCAUGAGGACUUUGGUUCUACAUGUACAGCUACGUGGUUUUCUAGUCGACCCCGGAUGGACAGCCAUUGGUUGAGACUGAACCAGAAGGACCUGUGCACUCUGAUUGGCUCCUGCUGUGUGAGAAGUGGAAAUGAUUUUGAUUUUUUUUUUUUUUUUGUUACUAUUAUUAGGAUGAUGACGAUGAUAAUCAUGAUGGGGAAACGGGAGGUUAUCUAGUUCACUGAAGAGCCGAGUGCAAGUUGGACUCAUGGAGGCGGGUGGUGGGCAGGGGGGGCUGUUGUAUCACUGGUUGGACUUCCUGUAGGAGGAGGAGGAGGAGGGUCAGGGCAGGAGGAUGGGGGUGUCAAAUAGACUCCUCCAUCACCCCCCUCCCACCAUUAUGGUUGGAAGUACACAUGACAGAGGACUGUCCUGACAGAGGAAAGUUUUUUUUUUUUUUAAUGUUGUCCAUGAGGUUACUAGCUGCUCGCUAUGUAGAGUGAGUGAACUCCCUGUUUUAACCCUGUUCCUGGUUCUCAGACUGCAUUGGUAAUGUUUGUAUUGCUGUUGUUUGAUUGCACUCACAUUUGAUUACAGAAAGCGUCUAUAUAUGAAAUAAAAUACCUGCCAAGGAUUCUGUGGUGGCUGUGUAUUUUAAUAGAGAGCUCAUGUCAUGUCAUUUCUGGUGUGUUGUGCACUCCUUUUAUGACACUUUUAUGUCUGUGUUACCUAUGAUGAAGAGGAGCUUGAUGAAAAAAGUGAGACGUAAAUGAUCCAUCAUAGAUCUUGCAAGAUGGAUCUACAAGGAUUUCCAUGUUUGGUUUAAACCAGUGGUUCUCAAGUCCAGUCCUCGAGGUCCACUGUCCUGCAUGUUUUGGAUGUUUCCGUGCUCCAACACACCUGAUUCAAAUGAUCAGCUCGUUAGCUCUGUAAUGGCUUAAUAAUGAGCUAAUCAUUUGAAUCAGGUGUGUUGGAGCAGGGAAACAUCCAAAACAUGCAGGACGGUGGGCCUCGAGGGCUGGACUUGAGAACCACUAGUUUAAAAGAAACGUAACAGUACCUUUCUUAAUUUGAUUUCUGGAAAACUUGCUGGAACUAAAGUUUUUAAUUUUGUUGAUAUAUGUAGUCAAACAUUUAAAACCGGGGCAAACCAGAUGAUGUUACCCCUUAGGUUACUGUGGUUUGGUCAAAAAGGACAAAUUUCAAUGAAAAUCUGUAUGAUUGCAAUAAAAAGUUAGGAAAUACAUGCAUCAGUAUGAUUAAAAACACCUUUUUGGUUGUGCUGGGCUUUGAAUUUUUUCCUCAGUGUCUUUUGUCUAUUUGGCGCCCACUGUAGACAAAGCAGCACCUCUUAUCUCUGUAGAUUUUGUCUCUGUCAUAUUUUCUAAUAAUAAAUCCCACUUUGCAUAAUCUAAA